AUGCCUGCAGCACCCAGAGGGAGAGCCAAUGACGCACCAGUUUUCCUCCACAGCUCCACCACAAAAAUGAAAAUGCAUAAAUUAUAUGAAAAAUCGUGCAUUGAAGCAGCCACAAAAUGUAUUAAAUAUAGGACGUUCUGCAGAUUGUGGCAUGAGCUUUGUCCAAACAUCAAGAUCGCCACUCCCCAAGAGGACGUGUGUGUCACGUGCGAGAUGUCACGGAAAGGAGUCGCUGAUGCCACGACAGACGACGAGAAGCUAGCUGCUGCAUCAGCUCUCGAGAAACACAUCAAUGCGACCAGAAAAGAGCACAAGGUGUACAAAGACUGCGUUACUACUGCUAUGGACGAAUUGAGAGGCACGGGUCGCCCUACAGAGCCAGUCGAGCCAUGCUCAACUGACUUUCAGCAUGCACAUUACACGUUCGACUUUGCUCAGAAUUUGUGCCUGCCACAUCACAGUCGCCAGAUGGGACCUAUGUACUUUGUCACUCCUAGAAAAGUUCAUUUAUUCGGGUUUCGGGACGACGCCCUUCCGAUUCAGUAUAAUUUUCUAAUCGACGAAGCCGAGACUAUGAUGCAGGAUGGAGGUGGCAUUCACGGGCCAGAUGCUGUAAUUUCGCUCGUGGAUUACGCUCUGACAGAGUUUGGGCACGGGGAGCGAGUGACUACUCUUCAUGCGGACAAUUGUGGCGGACAAAACAAAAACCGCUACCUGCUAGCAGGUCAUGCCAGGUGCAUAAUAGACGCUGGGUUCGGGCGAAUCAAGGCGCUUUACAGGCGAACGGACUGUGAAACCUUGAGCGACCUAGAAAACGUUGUUGCAUCUUCUUCAACUACAAAUGAGGCUGUCCUUUACAAGAAACCUGACGGGACCUCGAGGUUUAAAUGGCGGGAAUGGAAGACAUUUCUUGGGGAACAGUUUCGUGCACUAAAAGGAAUAAGGUCAUAUCAGCAGUUCCGAUUCACCUCUGAGUCGCCUGGCAUCAUUUUUUUGAAGAAAGGAGAAGACAACGAGGAGACGAGCUACUGUGUGUUCCGUGGUGGAAAUGUAUUGCGAAGUAGACCGCAGGAAGUACAAGCUGCUGGUUUAAGCCGCGAGCGCCAGGCAUACUUGGCAACUCACGUGCGAAAAUACUUGCGGGCGAAGAACAAGGACACAACAUGUCCGCUUUCUGAGGAAUAGUGCCAAGUGUCUGACAUCACUGAAUAAGUGGACAUAUUUUGCGUGUGAAUUGCUAUUGUGCUGUUGUUUGUUGUUAAAAUACAGAUUGUAACGUUUAUGUACACAUAGUUAUUGAACAUUGAUAAUUUAAUGUUUUUUUGGUUUUUUUUUAAAUGCUAAAGACGAUGGCUUGAAAACACACUUCAAGAUACUCUGCGAAACAUAUAGGGACUGUUUUUAUAUCAUAUGGGUAUACAGCGUUUAUUAAGGUAAUAUCACUACGGGAGAUCCUUCAAUAUGUUUUAUCAAAUAUCAGAAUAAUUAUAUUAAUUAAUAGAAAAUUUACCAAAAAUUGUUGAAAAAUAAGCCAGCGAUAUUUUCAUUCUAAAUAGCAGUCCUCGUUGCCAUGGUUACAUCAACAUUUAUGCAGUGUUUGUGCAGUUACCGAAAUACUUUUCUAUUGUUACCAUUCAGUUAAAGUUUCAAUUUUUUACCAAUAAUUGCAUGACAGUAAACUAGCAAAUGAU